GAUAUGUGUGUUUCUUGUUGUAAUUUUACCACUUAAAACAAAUUAAAAAUGAAUUACAUGCAAUUUUAUGAUGAUGAUGACGAAGAAGAACAACUGUUGUUGAGGAAUACUAGUAGGAAAUUGAGAAAAGAAACAGAUCCUUUGCAACUACCUGAUCAAGCGUUUAUUGAAAGCUUCCGGAUCACCAAAGCAAUAUUUUCAAGCAUUUUAGACAAAAUUCGAAACAAGUUGAACACACAAAAAAGUAACGGCGUUGAUGCAACAAGCAAGUUGGCAUCAUGUCUUAUUUUUUUUGCAGAGGGCCGCUACCAGCAUGGUCAAGAUUUUUUGGUGGCAUUAGCGCAGCAGACCUUUUCGGACACUCUACGUGAGGUCAUACCACCGCUUCUAACUUUAUUAGGUGACUGGAUUCGUUUGGAGAUGACACCAAACGAAAAAAUAGAAGCAAAGCAGUAUUUUUUUCAAAAAACUGGAAUAAGAGAUGUCGUAAUGUGUGUCGAUGGAACACACAUACGCAUCAUGAAGCCACGCUUUAGACCAAUGCCGUAUCUUAACCGUAAAAAGUAUUAUAGUAUCAACGCUAUGAUUGUGUGUGAUCAUAAAUGCCGCAUUAGAGCAGUUGAUCCGAGAUUUUGUGGAUCUUCUCAUGAUUCGUACGUAUGGAAUUCCAGUCCUGUACGUGAUCAUUUUGAAAAUAUGCAUGCCACUGGUGGAACCGAUAAAUUAUUAGGUGAUGCAGGAUAUCCAGCUGAGCCUUGGCUCGUAAUGCCAUAUCGUGAUCCUGAAGAAGGAUCCGUUGAGUCUAAUUUUAACAUUAGACAUACCAAAGGAAGGAACGUUGUCGAACGUACAAUAGGAAUAUUGAAAACACGCUUUAGAUGUUUAUUUGGUGCUAGCAAUAGGCUUAACUAUGAUCAAAAAAAAAGUGGAGAUAUUCUUAACAUAUGUUGUGCAUUGCACAACAUAUGCAUUCAGAACAACAUUGAAUGGCAACAUGACAUUGAAGAAAUGUUAACAGCAUUUAACGAAUAAAAUAUCUUCAACUGGGAUAUUAUAAGAAAACCUGUAGAGU